UUAGAGGGUGGAGGAAGGAAAGUCAACGAAAACAAGCUUCUCACACAGAAAAAGAACAGGUUAGUGAUCGACUGCACAUGCUAAAAAUGAAAGUCUAGUUGUAAUAGAACAUACCAAUAUUGUGAGUGUUCAAGGCUGAUAAAAAUGCUAACAUCACGAAAAUUAUGAUUUUUGGAAUGGUUAGCCCAAAAGAUAGCAUGAAUUUCUGUCCUAUGUCUUGUGAAAUGGUUGAAACACUAGAAAAUUACUGUGUUUACUCGUGUAUAAGUCAACCUUUUAUGACCAAAAAAUCAGCCCAAAAAAUCACCCUUGACUUAUACACAAGUCAUACACAACUACCUGAACCAAACAAUCCAAGACACAAGCAUAACAAUUGCCUGAAGCCUGUUAGGAAAACUGAGUUUGUUUAUUGAGCAUAGUGGGGAGCCACAGCUUGGCAAUCAAGCUAAUUUGCGUUUCCUGUGCCUCUUGCAGUUUGCUAGGUUCAUGGGUUGAUGUGAUAUUUUCUUUGCUCCCAUUGGCAGCUGUAAUUAAAAAUAAGUAAAUUAUGAUCCUCACAACUGAGGUGCAAUUUCAGCAACUGCAAUUAAGAAACAUGAAAAAAAAAUUUAGACUUUGGUAAGAUCUAAACCUGUGCCUCUUAGAUAAAAACUGGGGGCCACUACCAACUGAGCUACAAAGCUACAUGUUUAGUUUUGGUUGUAGGACACUCAUUUUAAAGUGCUUUAGUGAUAAAGCAGUUGGUUUUUAACAUAAUUGCUCACCUGUAUCUUGUAUCAAGAGGCAAGUGAAACUGGACUCAGUAUCUUAGUCAUGAUUGUAUUUCUAAGGAUGAAUUAACCACACAGUAAAUAAAUCCCUGUUGUGAGCAUUUUCCAUGAUGAAAGAAGAGACAGACAUACAACUUUCUUCCCUAGCUUGGAGCACCAGCCUUUUGAAAUUACUAUUGAAUUACAGUCAAUGCUACCUUUAUCAAACUCACCUUAACAAGCCACAAUUUCUGCGGGUUCAUAUUUAAAAUUUUAUGAACACCGUUUAUGUACUCAGUUGAGCAUUGGGUAAGCUGACAGUUCUCACUCGUUUUUGGGUUUUUUUUCAGAUUUAACCCAUAUACGACCUUCAAUAAAUGCAGAAUCUGUAAACAGACUGUCCAUCAGGCACAUUCACACUAUUGUCAAAGUAUGUGAGAUUCUUAUCUAAGGGAGUUUCAUCGUGACCUUGUGUUUUUUUUUAAGAAUUAGAAGGCAAUGAUUUUUUGAUCACUCACCCUGAAAGCAAUGGUGAAAGGAUGUCUUUUGAAGAUUCUGUGUAGUUUGUAAGACAAUUUUCUGCUUUAAGCUGGCAUUUCCUCGCCAACCUUUCUUUGUUUCUAACCAUGUAUUUGUGUCAAGAGUGUUAGGGUUUUGAAGAAGACUGAACAGACAUUUUCAACAUUUUUUUUUUUGAAGAUUUCUUAAAGAGUGCAAACAAUUAUGUUCAAAACUUUACAGUGAAACCACUUGGCUGCGGCUUGUAGUUUCACUUCAGUUUUGAAAGUUACUGACACAAUUUUAAAAGAUAAUAGACAAGGAAACUUUUGUUUGAUUUCUUAAUUGCCCAAUGGUCAAAUUUCACACAAUUCUCUUUUUUUUCACUUCAACAGGCUGUGCAUACAAGAAAGGUUUGUGUCUGUUUUUCUCAUGUAGUGAUACAUGUCAAUUGUAGCUCAAUCUUAUCUGUUCAUCAUUCAAUUUCAAAUUUCAUUGUUUCAGACUUAGUAUUGUACUGUGCUGUUCCCCCAAAUAAGUAAAAAAAACAACCAAUUUAAACAACUAAAACCUGAAAAUGUAUAGCAAUCUAUUGUGUUUGCCAAUGUUUUCUUUAUCCAAGAACUGUAUACAUAAUGAAGUAUGGGGCUGUAUAAAUUGCAUGGUUGUAAAUAAAUAAAGAGAGAUGAAAAAAUUUGAGAUUUGUUCUUGCAUAAGGGUGGUUUUUUCAUUUGUGACUAGCAAGGGACAUGUGCUAUUUAAUGGAAUGUCUUAAAACCAAAACAAACUACAUGUAAUCGCAAUGGCCAGUCAGAACAAAGGGUACUAUCCAGAGGGACCAAUCAGAACAAAAGCAACCAAGUUGCAAUUUGUUUUAGUUUCACAUUUGAUUGGUUAAUGUGGAGCUAGUUUCCUUGACUGGUCAUAGAGCCUUGUAUAACAUUUUCAAAUACAAAACUUCUCAAUCACACUUUUACCACCCAUUUUAAAUAUGUUCUGUAAUUCAUGACCAAUGCAAGUUGUCUCUUUCAGGAAUUUGUGCCAUGUGUGGGAAACAAGUCUUGGACACAUCAAAUUAUAGACAGACUUCCGUUUAA